AUUCUAUACUAAUGUAUUUGAAAUUUUGUUGACUCGAUUCUCACUCUUCCCUGAAAGGAAAAUGACGAAAUCAGCAGGGGAAGAUGUGGGUAUUGAUUACUGGAUGAAAUGGCAAGUUAUGGUAUGUGGGUUGAUCAUAGCAAUCCCAGCUGCAAUUGUGAUCAACAUCAUAAAAUCAAGGAACAGAAAUCUGAAAAAAUCCCAGAAUUUGAAUAACUACUUAUUAUGGCUUCCUUCCUGGAGAAACCUCCACCCAAAAUGGCUUCUUCUCUACAGAGCCUUCGCUUUUCUUUCUAUGGCUUUCCUUCUCUACCAGAUUCUUCUAUUUGCUGGUCUUUUCGCUUUGUAUUUUUAUACCCAGUGGACUUUUGUGUUGGUUAUGCUCUAUUUUGCGAUUGGGACCUUUGUUUCUGCCCAAGGAUGCUUAAUGUCUUCUAACAAAGCUCCAACCGGAAACGCGGAGAAACACAAGGUUGUAGAAAAAGAAUCAGGUACUGCCUUGAGCAGCACCAACUUGCAACUUCAUGAUGGUGGUGAUGAAUCCCAUGAAGGAGCAGGAGUUCUGGGGUCACUUAUGCUUAUAAUUUACCAGACUUCUGCAGGUGCUUCUGUACUUACAGACUUGGUAUUCUGGUUUAUAUUGGUGCCGAUGAUGUCAGGAAAACAGUUUCAACUCACUUUGUUGAUAGGAUGUAUCCACUCACUAAAUGUAGUCUUCCUGGUCAUUGAUGCUCUUCUUAAUGCUCUUCCGUUUGAAUGGUUUGGCUUCUGCUACUUCAUACUUUGGAGCAUCACAUAUGUGACAUUCCAGUGGAUACUUCAUGCAUGUGGUUCCACAUGGUGGCCUUAUCCUUUCUUGGAGCUCUCAACGCCAUGGGCGCCUCUGUGGUAUCUUGGAUUGGCUCUAAUUCAUGUUCCAUGUUACGGUGUUUACUACAUGUUCGUUAAAGCAAAAAACUUGAUUUUCUCAAAGCUGUUCGAGCGAGCAUUCGUGAGAUCACAUGGAUGGAUAUUACAGCACCAUAAAGCAGCCUGAGAAUUUUAGAGAAAUUAAAGCAAACUGAAAUUGAAGACUGAAGCGAGAUACUGUACUAAUGAUAAUAAUUAGAGGUUGUAAUUGUAAACUUGGCUUAAGCCAAACAAACAAGUGGAGGCUGCAAUAUAUGUUACAAAUUCUUAGUUACUGAUAAUAUGCUAUUAUACCAAA